AUGAUGAUUACCAUACGUUUGCUCUUGUUACUUGUUAUUCUGAUGAUUAGUGAGCUUGUCGAUAGUGGUCGCACAGAUUGGUCAAUCGAGAAGAAUGCAUCUUUCUGGCGUGACCAAGCUCGUGUGUCCAUUGAACAAGCACUUGGACGAAAGGAAAAUACACGAGUGGCGAAAAACGUCAUUCUCUUUCUCGGUGAUGGAAUGGGUGUUUCGACGGUAACAGCUGGAAGAAUACGCAAAGGCCAAAUCAAGGGUCAAUUGGGUGAAGAUUGUAUUACUGAAAUGGAACAGUUUGCUUAUUUGGGUUUGUCGAAAACAUAUAACAUUGAUUAUCAAACACCAGAUUCAGCAGCGACAGCAACCGCUUAUUUGUGUGGUGUUAAAGCACAGUUGGGCACAAUUGGAGUUGAUGGACGAGCAAAACGAGGCGAUUGUCUCAGUUCAAGUGAUGCACAUGUUGACAGUAUUUUGGAUUGGGCACAGAAACGAGGUAAAAAAGUCGGCAUUAUCACUACUGCACGCAUCACUCAUGCAUCACCAUCUGCAGCGUAUGCACAUGUGCCAGAGCGAGAUUGGGAAAGUUUUGAUGGUCAGAAUUUCAACGCAAACCAUUUAGCACAAGGCUGUAGAGAUAUCGCGCAUCAACUUGUCGUUCGGACUCCUCCAAUAGAUCUGCUCUUAGGUGGUGGCCGUCGAUAUUUCUAUCCAGUAACGACAUUCGAUGUUGAAUAUCCUUCCAUCCGCGGAUCUCGUAUUGACAAUCGAUGUCUUAUCGAUGAAUUCUGGAAAGGAAAAUAUAUCUGGAACAUGACUCAAAUGAAUGAAUUUGAAUUAGGUACAUCGCAACCAUUGUUAGGUCUUUUCGAACCUAGUCAUAUGCGCUACGAAUCCGAUAGAAGUCAGAGUGGUGAUGAUGAACCAAGUUUAUCACGCAUGACUGAAUUUGCCAUCGAACAUUUUCUAAAAUUUGAUCAAGGCUUUUUUCUUCUUAUCGAAGGUGGCAGAAUCGAUCAUGCACAUCAUGAUACGAAACCGAGAAAUGCUCUCGACGAAUUUGUCGAAUUCGAUAAUGCCGUUGGACAAGCGAAGAGAGUCUUGCAAGCUAAAGGUGUUCUUGAUGAUUCUUUGAUUGUUGUCACAGCCGAUCAUUCACAUGUGUUUGCAUUCGGUGCUUAUUCUUCACGUGGUUCAAAUAUAUUGGGUUUCGGUUCAUUAGAAAAUAAGAAUGUCAGUGAUUUUGAUGGAUCACCCGUAAACAUCAUCACCUACGGCAAUGGGCCCAGAUCCAAUUCGUCUCGAAACGCCACUUAUUUGUAUUCAAUAAACAUGAAUUCGACCGACUAUCUUGCACCAGCAGCUCUACCCAUGAACGCAGAAACUCAUGGUGGUGAAGAUGUUCCACUUGCAUCAUAUAGAGAAGCAAUAGGCUAA